AUGGACUUAGCCUGAAGGCUUGCCCGGCCCGUUGUGGAAGUUAAUGUAAUUAUCACUAUUGUGAAAGAUGCAAUUAUCAUCCGAGAAAGUAGCCCGUACCACCAGUUUAUGGUUAACAUGCGUCAUAUUAUUAUGGAGUUAGUUUCUCCACUCAAUUCCUCCGUUGAUAAUAAUUCCAUUCGCCUGAAAAAACGGUCAGUCAUUCUGAAUUGAAGAUACAUAUAGCGAAAUAUGUUAGAUGCAGCCGUCGAAGAUAAGAUAAUGGCGGCAACGGAGACAAAGAUCGAAGAAUUACAGGCCGGAACAAAGGAUAACGAGGAGAACAAAUCGGUUUCCAAGAGGAAACAUCUGUUUGGUCGUCAGAAACCUCUUCAUGCUGCUCUCGGUUCUGGCAAAACUGCUGAUAUUUUACUAUGGAGACAAAAGCAACUAUCUGGUGCCAUUUUCGUUUCUGCAACUGUCAUAUGGCUUUUGUUUGAGAGGAUAGGCUACCACCUUCUUCCAUUUUUGUGCCACUUUCUAAUACUUACUCUGGCCAUAUUGUUCCUGUGGUCCAAUCUGUCUUCCUUUGUUAACAGGUCUCCUCCAAAGUUUCCUGACAUUAGAUUGUCCCAAGAAAUUUGUGAUGCUAUUGCUCUCAUUGUGAUGGAUCAGAUCAAUCAGGCCUGCUUAUACUUGAGGGAAAUGACUACUGGGAGAGACUUGAAAAGAUUUAUGAGUGUGAUUUUCACCCUGUGGGUGGUCUCAGUCAUCGGUGGUUGGUUCGAGUUUUUGACCCUUGUGUAUAUCUUGUUUGUGCUGAUGCUGAGUGCACCACUGUUGUAUGAGAGGAAUGAAGGUUUGGUGGAUGCUUAUGGUGAAAAGGCGGGUAAUGAAAUCAUGGCGGCUCUAGAGAAACUCCCACUGCCAUUUUUCAAGAGCAACAAACAGCAUUGAUUUAAAGGAAAUUACUAUCAACUGGUUUGAUUAUUUUUAUCUACUUAAGAAAUAUUAGAAUAUGCUAUUCUUUAGGAUUUCAUGCCAUUUGGAUAUCCAAACUUGUUACUAUUUUGCUAUCUGUAUUUAGAUGUAAUCCUCUCAAGUGUAUUCUGCACCAAUUGA